GCAUCUUGAUGAUGGACAGCGAAGGCUGGUUAUAUAUACGUCUGUUUUCGGAUCCAUAGAUAUUCAGGUUGUACAUGCGUCUAUAAUAGUCUACAUACAUAUAAUUCAAUUAAUAACAAAACGCGAACUUUCUUCAUUUCCAAAUGGCUGGAUACGGUGUCAUGGUCGCGAGCAUACACCUGCUGUCGCAGAGUGUUUUUAAAACCGCACGCACCGUCCACGACUUAUACAAUGGGUCUAAGGAAAUGGAAGAUUUUGUCAGAGAGAUGAAAUCCCUCGGUAGAGUCCUUUUAAUAUUCCAAGACGCAUGCGAGACAGCCUUGACAGAGAUCCCAGAGGGCAAGCUGAAGCAGCAGCUCUGCGACAUCAGUACGGCUCUUUUCGAGGACUUUGAACACGUCAUUGGAAAGAUUAGUGAACACAAGAAGCUAGCAAACAAGUUUGCUCAAGAAUCCGGAAUUUUGAAUCGACUACUAAACCUCUUGAAGUGGCAAAGACGCGCAUCGCAUAUUGAAUCGGUUUGCAUAACCAUCGAGUACCUAACUUCUCACGCCAAUAUGUUUUCCAAUUCUGUUACAAUGCAUUAUCUUGUGAAAAGGAUUAAACAGCUGGAGAGAGGCAAUAACGAGGUGCCACUAACACUGCUGCUGAAGAUUGUCAGCGCUACAGAGGAGAUUAGACGAGAACAGCGCGUUGCGAACGAAGCAAUUAAAAAGAUAAAAUCCAUGGACCGCGAAGUUUUACGUAAUGUAGGAUUGCGAAGCAAGCAGAUAACGGCAUGGGAAAGCACAAGCAGGAAGAUACAAACGGAGGCUGAGCAGUGCAUGGACGAGUCCCGCAAAUACAGGGCUGCUGCACACAGACCUGAGGGGCAAGCGCAAAGAAAGCGAUCACCCAUGCGUCGGAAUAAACGGCCUGAUGUCUAUUUUGAAUGGACAUCCGCCACUCCAUCCUCAUCAUCUCGGUCGGGCAGCGACCAGUACCCACCAAGCGAAACAUCUAGAAGAUCUAGAAGAUCUAAAUUUAUGCCACGUGACGCUUCCGCAGUGUCUUCCAGAACUUGGUCUUCGAAUACGAGUUCUGCAUCUGAUGGGACACAAUACUCUGAAAGAAGCAGGCCAACAAGAUGGAUGCCACUACGCCGACCGACAUCACCCACACCAAGGUACGCAGCUUGGGUGCGUGAUCAUGGCCAUGGAGUACCUGUUGAGGGCACACCGCCUGAUGUGCUACCGAGUCCUGACGUACGUAUUAUAAGUCCCCCGGAAGGGAAUUUUGGGUCUCCUAGCUCUCCGGUGGACAGCAGCAUAAGUCGAGAUCCUCAGGGCAAAGAUAGAGACAACGAGACGAUGCUAGGUUUGCCUACCGAGGUGGAACCACUUCGGCCCUUGAGGACAGGGAGCAAUAGUCGACGCAUGAGGAGACAUGGGUCCACAUUUGGACCUAGUGGGUUAUUUACGCAAGAAGAUUUGGAGGACAGACGGCGUCGAAAGGAUGAGGACGACGAGGAUGAGCGUAGCGAUGAUUCGAGUGAUUGACGGGGUUGAGUUUUGAUGCCCUAUACAUAUUGCCAUUUGUACUAAUACCAUCAUAUAUAUAUAAGACAAUAACUAUUAAUGACUAAAGAUGUAUAUAGUAUUUUAUAUGGAUAUGUAGGUGCUGUUGUGUUGGAGUUGACUGGGGCUGUAUACCUGAACCCACAACACAAGUCUAUACAUACCGAAACUCACAUUCUUGAUUCAAUACGUGUAAAGCGAUGGUUCAUAAUGUGGAUACCAUGGAGGCCAUUCAAUGUGCCUGCUGAGAUACGGGCCAUCACAUGUUAAGAGACAAUAGAUGCACUGUAAACAGUUGUAUAUACAUGGUAACUAUAGACAAAUCGUAACUAUAUACUGAUAGACAUGACUUCGUUUUAUAUUCUUUUUUAUAUUCUUUCCAUUUUGGCCACGUGGUCUGCCCAUUUAGGACUUGACAAGAGUAAGGCCGUAAGCAGAGAGAAUCUCGUUGACCGGCUGGAAGUAGGUGGUACCGCCGCUGGUGCAGUCACCAGAGCCACCAGAGGUGACACCCUGGGCCUGGGCACCAGAGUAGAAAGAACCGCCAGAGUCACCGUGCUCAGCGCAAACAGUGGUCUUGGUGAGGCCAGUGACGGAGCCGUCGGCACCGUAGUUGACAGUGGCAUUCUUGGAGCUGACCUUGCCACAGUGGACACCAGUGGUCUGGCCAGAGCGGCAGAUGCUGGCGCCAAUGGCGGCCUCAGUGCUGCCAGAGACGGGCAGAUCGCUGGAGCCGUAGCCGUUGAUGGUGCCCUUGAGAGUGGUACCGCUGACGGUCUUGAUGUAGCUCAUAUCAGCAUCGCCGGGGAAGGUAGAGCCGGCAAACGUGCCCAGAGCAGGGCCGUUGGGGACGGUGACAGAGGCACCCUGGGCACCGCAGUGGCCAGCGGAGACGAAACCACCGUUGACAGAGAAGCCGACGGAGCAGACAAACUGGUUGUUGAUCCAGUAGGCAUCACCGCCGCGGACGGUAGCAAGGGGCUUGGGGAGGGCAUCGACGGUGUGGACCUCGUACUCGCCAGCAGCAAGGCCAGCCUGGGAAGCGAGCUCCUGGGCGCGGGCAUGGCCGUCGGCAAGGGCCUCAAUGAUGAGCUUGUUGGAGGUGACAUCGACAAAGUAGGAGGCGAUGCUGGCGUUGUCGCUGACAGCACGGGCGGCGUUGCCCUUCUUGACAAAGAUGCCGUCAAGAGCAGACUUGGCCCCGUUGAGCUUGUCG